CACCUCCCUCGCAGACGUUGCCGCCGCCACGCUCCCGCCUCCUGCGCCCGCUCCGUGCUCCCGCUGCGGCUGCGGUUCUGGCGGCCGAGUCCCCGCGGCGCUGCAGCUCAUAUCUGGCGCGCCGACCGCCCCGCGCCCCUGCCUUGCUGCCCGCAGCCUCCUGAUCCACGGGGCGCGCUGCGGCAGGUACCCCUGGCGUCCUGAGGCGCGCUGGCCUGAGCCCGGCCGCCAUCGAUGACCCGUGUCACGGACCUGCUCCAGCCGGGCCACUCCGUGUCUCGUCUUCUCGUCUGGGUGUGACAUUAAACCAUGGGGAGGAAACUGGACCUGUCUGGUCUGACCGAUGAUGAAACAGAACAUGUUCUCCAGGUGGUUCAGCGAGACUUCAAUCUCCGGAAAAAAGAGGAAGAGCGACUAAGCGAGCUGAGGCAGAAGCUGGAUGAGGAGGGCAGCAAGUGCAGCAUCCUGUCCAAGCACCAGAAGUUCGUGGAGCACUGCUGCAUGCGCUGCUGCGCGCCCUUCACCUUCCUCGUCAACACCAAGCGCCGCUGCGGGGACUGCAGGUUCAACGUCUGCAAGGGCUGCUGCUCCUACCAGAAGCGCGAGAAGCUGUGGCUCUGCUGCGUGUGCCAGCAGGCGAGGGUUCUCCGGACCCAGUCUCUGGAAUGGUUCUACAGUAACGUGAAGAGCCGCUUCAAACGCUUUGGCAGUGCCAAGGUCCUGAAGAACCUGUACAGGAAGCACCGGCUGGAGAGCGGAGCGUGCUUUGACGUCCAAGGAGGAAGUUUUUUUGAGGCAAACCUGGAGAAUGAAGGAAGUAUUUCAGGCAGUGACUCAACAUUUUAUAGGCAGUCAGAAGGACAUAGCAUGAUGGACACAUUGGCUGUUGCCCUCCGGGUGGCUGAAGAGGCCAUCGAGGAAGCAAUUUGCAAAGCAGAAGCCUACGGGGACAGCCUGGACAAGCAGAACGAGGCCAGUUACCUGCGGGACCACAAGGAGGAGCUCACUGAGGAGCUGGCCACAACCAUCCUGCAGAAGAUCAUAAGGAAGCAGAAGAACAAAAGUGAGCAGCACAUGGACGAGGAGCCAGAGUGGCCGCGGCCCCAGAGCUGCGGGGUGAAGGUGGCCGGCGAGGGGCCCACCGCCGCCCCGGGAGGCCUCCGAGCUUCCCCCAGCCUCUGGCGGUCCCAGUCUGCGUUCUCACUCAGCAGAGAAGAUGCCCUGAGGACCUCUACGCCGGAGGCUGCAGCCAGGCCACCGAGGGACCAGCAGCCGAGGGAGGAGGCGGCGUUGCCCAGCUGGAAGAGCGUGGACAGGCUGGACGAGACAAACGUGGUCCCUGUUCUGCAGAGCCCCGAUGGGAACUGGAUGGCCCUGAAGGAUGGGGCUCUGCCCCCGACCCGCCUGCUGGCCAAACCCAAGAGCGGCACCUUCCAGGCCCUGGAGGCGGCCUCCAGUGUGGCAUCGGCCUACGACGAGAUGGGCUCCGACAGCGAGGAGGACUUUGACUGGCGGGAGGCCUUGAGCUCACUGUGCCCUCAGCCCCAGGGCCUGCCCCGGAACCCCCGGCUGCAGCCCACGCAGGCCCAGGGCUCAGACCAAGGCCCCUCCGCCACCUCGGCCUCCCCCGGGCUCUCCCCCAACCCUGAGGCCAUGUGCUCUGACUCGGAGACCUCCUCAGCCGGCUCUUCCCGGGAAGCUGGGCGCCGGGCCAGGCUGUCCUGGUUGCAGAGGAAGGCCCCCAGGAGCGCCGCAGCCGAAAUGCACCUCCAGGGAGAGCUGGACGUGAACUUCAACCCCCAGGCAGCCAGUAGGGAGACCUCAGACAGCAGCGAGCCUGACGAGGCGCCCCACGCUGCAGGUCGUCGGGCCCGGAGGUGGAGGAGGGCCCGGGUGGGCUCGGAGGAGCCAGGCAAGGAAUCACCUUCCCCCGACGCCCAGCCGCCGGAUCCGGACACCCACCAGAUGUCGGCUGGCUUCUCAGAGACUGACACCAGCAAUGAGGCUCGGCACCCCCGGGCCGGCACAGACGCUGCGGAGGAGAAACUGAGAAACAGGUUGUAUGAGCUGGCGAUGAAAAUGAGUGAGAAGGAGACUUCUUCGGGGGAUGACCAGGAGUCCGAGCCCAAGACAGAGUCUGAGAAUCAGAAGGAAAGUCUGUCCUCUGAAGACAACAGCCAGAGCGUCCAGGAAGAGCUGAAGAAGAAGUAUUCUGCUGUUUCUCUCUGCAACAUCUCCACAAAAGUCCUGAAGGUCAUCAACGCCACAGAGGAGCUGAUAGCGGAGUCUGCAGGGCCCUGGGAGUGCCCACCUGUCCCUCCCGACAGAGAGAAGGGGGCGUUUCCUCUUGGGACAGACCAAGCGAGACUGGAUGCGCAGCUGACUUCCCUGGAAGAAAACGUGUACCUGGCGGCAGGCACCGUGUACGGACUGGAAGGCCAGCUGAGUGAGCUAGAGGAUGCUGCCCGCUGCAUCCACAGUGGCACUGAUGAGACUGAACUGGCAGAUCUGGAGGACCAAGUGGCCACGGCGGCAGCCCAGGUCCACCACGCUGAGAUCCAGAUUUCUGACAUCGAGAGCCGGAUUUCAGCCCUGACCAUUGCAGGGUUAAACAUAGCACCCUGUGGGCGCCUCACAAGGAAACGAGAGCAGAAGCAAAGGAACCAGGUACAAACCAUAGACACAUCAAGGCAGCAGAGGAGGAAGCUGCCUGCUCCACCGGUGAAAGCUGAAAAAAUGGAAGCAUCUUCAGUGACCACCAUUAAAACAUUUAAUCGCAACUUCAUUCUCCAAGACUCCUUGACGAACAGGACUAAAGAAAGGAAAAGUGCCACCAAGGAUUUGAUGUGGCUGAUGGCGUUUGCUCGCUGUCUCGCCUCAGGAGCCCACCCUGGAGUCUGCUGUGAUGUAUUAGCACCAUGGAACUCCACUGCCAGUGACCCACUGCCUCCGGCCGUACACGACAGUGCCUUGACCCAACAGCCAUCGAAUACUGCAUGGAUUUCCACCUGAGGAGAGGGCCUGGGGAGGCCACAGUGCACCCCUGCACAGGGCUGUCCUGAUACCUCAACCAGAAAGCAGUCCCAGACUUCAGCAUCAAGGUCUUGCCUACUCGCUGCCUUAGGCUCCCAGGGGAAUCCAAGACAGAAAACCAAGACGCUGGCUUCCAACAGCAGAGCUCCACGUUCAAAAGACGCAUCUCUUCCCUGUUCGCUUGGCUACUGUGUGUUGUCUUUAAGAUCUUUUUUUCUUUUAUCCCUUUGAUUCAACUAGAACUACAAUGUCAACAGUUUGUCCCCUAAAAUAUUGUUGGGGUCAGGAGAUAGUUGAGGGAAGGGAGAUGGGUAUUAAAAUUUAACUCAUCAGUUCUUAUUAACCUCUCACAAGCAUCUUUGUCCUACAAAUGCUAAGGAGAAAAGUGAAAUGCCCCUGUAGUGAGCACCAGGGACGGUCUAACUUGGGGAGCGCUCAGUUGUCAAGGUCUCCCCCAGCCACCUCCUUCCUGCUGGCUCCUAGCCCAACGCAUCACCGGUUCCUCCCAUUGCUUUGCUAUCACCAGCCACAGGACAGAAAGCCCUGACUCGCCCAUGCCAGGCCCAGGUCUAUGAGAAGUAACAUCUCACUGAGAUUUCAGGGUUCUUCCCUGGACUUGCUGGGUGUUUCCUGGUUCUGAUGGGGAGAGGGGCUUGAGAAAGCCCCUGCUGGCUUAACUUUAGGGCACUGUCCAUUAUCAACAUGAUGCAGUUUAGCAAUGGAUGCAUCUAAAUGAGGUUUAGGUAACUGGAUUAUUGCACAAUACCACCACAUGAGAAAAUACCAUCCUCCAAAAUUUAUUUCCCAAUAAAUACUCAGCAAAAAGUAAUUAAGAUGACCAUAAAGACAAAAAAGGUUAAGGAAUAGCCUUAGAAAACUUACUUACAGGUCUGAAAAAGGCAAGGGCAAACUGAAUUCAAAGGAUGCAACAGUUGACACUAAUUCCACACAUGUGACUCCAAAUGCAUGACUAUUUAGAGUGUGUUUAUAAAAGCAAAUGGAACUGGAAUUUCACUCAGUUGAGUGUUGGCAACCUUUUUUCAUUUGUUCCUGAUACAUUCUCAAUCUGAGGAAGAAGGCAAAAGAUGGGAGGCAAGGGAAGAGCAUGGCUGAUGUUUACUAAGUGGCCUCUGAAGGAGGCAACAUUCUUCUCACUUCAAUCCUUACAGCAACCCUAUUCAGUAGGUGUCCCCAUUUUUCAGAUUUGGAAACUGAGGGCCAGUUAUUAAUUUGCCAGUCAGACCUUGCAGCUAAGUAUGAUACAAAAGCCUGACAAAAGCCUCCCUCUGUGUCGUUUUCAACUCCUACGUUCCUUUGCUGCCGUGCACAUUUCAGGACCUGACUUGUUGCUGAAACGUGUGUUGUGAUCCAGUGCUGGUGGGGGUCUACCUAUCUUCCAGUAGUACUCCUUGCUGAUGCUGUGAUGUGUUAUCCAGCAGAAACAACUCCUUUGAAAUAAAGUAAGUCUUAGGCUUUUUGUUCUGUUGGUGUGAUUAAAAGCAAACAAAUACAAAAUUUAAAAACACAGCAAAAAAGAUCUGAGUUCCAAAUAGAGCGUUUCUUUAAGAGGCAUGAAAAGCACCUACUGUUGUGUUACAGUGUUAAAAUAUUCAGUUUUCUUUGACAAAAACGUGUACUGUGUGAGCCUUGCAAAAAAACAAAAACAAAAACAAAAAGCAGCAGCAGCCUGCUCUAUGGCAUUUGAAUUUUUAUAAAAGUUUCCUUGUGCCAAGUAAGUGCAAAGAUUUAAUUUACUAUUAAAACCCAUAAGCAUAUGUUAUAGUUCCAGAAGAAUUAUUUUGUCAUCAAGUGAUUUUGAUCUUCAGUGUCAAUAUUUAUAUUUAGAUUAAUUUUUAUAAAUGAAAAUAUUUUAAUGGUUUAAGAAAAUGAAGCCAAUAGGACCAUCUCUUUGAUGACUUCUGAAAGUACGCUUGCCUUCAUGUUAUACACAUAUUGCAAAGAACUACUGUCAAGAGAAAUGAUGCAGAAGUAAAAGUCAUUUAUGAAAAUAAUGUGUGUAGGCGUGUGAUUUCUUUGGUUUGGGAAAACUGGGCGUGAAGAGGGGAAAGAAGUCAAUGGCUGGUCAUUGGAGGGGCCAAG